GGGAAAGCAGCACACUGCUACAGGAGUUUGUUAUAGGAAUACACCGACUGGCACACAUCAAGUGUGACUUUGGAAUCGACUGUUGGUGACCAUGGCUCUUAACCUGAAUGGCACUCUGACUGGAAAUAUGAUCAAUAGUCUCUCCACUGUGUACAUUGCUUCUCUGACUCCCAGUGUAAUCGGAAGUUUUUCUGUCCUGGUGGCUUCCAUCGUGAAGUGGAGAAAUCUCAGAGAACAGGUCCACGUCCUGGUGCAGCUGGCUGUGGCCGACCUCCUGGCUGCCCUGAUCCUCAUGGUCACCAGUAUCAUGAACAAAGUCGACGCCAGCGUCGACAUCGUCAUCUGCCACUACUUCCUGCCCUUAUCUCUGACAUUUUAUUUCAUUUCCUUUCUGUUGGUGGUCGUUUAUGCCUGGAAAUCAAGGAAUGCGAUCCAAGGUUGGAGAGAAAGCCAGUCAGACGAUCAGGGACAGUGUGCCAGAAAAACAGUGGAUUUUUCUCUGUAUGCCUUGGUUUGGUUGAUCCCGUUUGCAUUGUAUUUGGUGUAUAUAUUCACCGACUACAUCCAGGCACAAAUGAUUAUUCCACUGGAUGACAACACAGACUUCCCCACUGACAAUGCGUACUGUACCAGGUGUAUUUUAUUCCUGGAUGUCUGGAAGGCGGUCUGCUCACAACAUGAGGAACUUCAUAUUCUCUUCAUCAGACUCUUUUUUUUCUUCGUGGUGAUUCCAGUCAUGGUGAUAUGCUCCUUCAUCUACUGCAAAGUAAGAAAAUGGUAUGAAAGAAGGGAGCGUGAGCAGGCGGGUCUGUUUAACGUUGGGGGAGACGCACAAUCCAGAACAGUCAUUUCUACGACGAGGAACAUGGUGCUGGUCAUCCUCGUCUGCUGGGCUCCAGCUCUGCUGCUCAUUCUGCUCUCCACCCUGAUGAUUUGGAUAAACAUUGAGCAGCGCAGCUUGUUUUGGCUUUAUAUAAUCCAGGCCAUCAGCGUGUCCCUGCAAGGUUUUCUCAACAGUAUGGUUUACGCCUGGAGACGACCCAACUUCAGAGAUGUCGCCCUCGGGGAGCGAACGCCCCUGACCGCGUACAGCCGCCCACAUUUUUUUGAGGAUUCAAUCUGACUUCUGGCUUCGACUGCUGCCUGUUAAAAGCACGGAGGAACCUUACUGAGCUGCGUUGCCACACGCUGGCCUUGAUGAGGCCGAAGGGCUCCUGACUCACUUGAUUUCUUUAUGUGAAAUGAAACACAACCUUCUCCUUUGUGUGGCAAAAAAAGAAAAGAAAAGAAAAGGAGAAACACUCUCAGAAAGAGUCUUUGCACAUAUUUUUACUGGACCACUUGACUUUGCUAAUAUGCACUACUGUAUUGAAGAUUUGAUGUCAUUGAAAAUGUGUGAUUUUUUUUUCAUGUGCCUUAUUUCUCUUUGUUAUGUUUCAUUGUGUCACAUGUAUUUAUUUUCGAUCAACAAAUUACCUUUCAGCGAGUCAUUGCAUAUCAGUUGUUGGUAAUCUGUUUGUUGCUCGUCUAGGAAACGGCCCAAAAAACUGUCAUCAAACAUGAGUGAUUUUUCUUCAGUAAUUUGUGAUCUUGAAUUUGUCACCCUUUCAUGUUUCAUCACACAACUGACAGUGUAAUGAUAGAGAAUAAAUCAAGCAUUUCCACCCUCCCUUUCAGAAAACGUAAUUUCCUUCAAAAUUACCAACGCAGCUCAUGAAAUGUCAGCUUGGAUUUUGUAAAUAACUGAUCAGUCUGUGUGUGAAAACUGACAUUUUGUGUUGAUUAUGCAUAAUGCUGAGCACAUGUUUCUGAAGAAUGCACGAGUUACAUAACGGCAGCAUGUCGCGGCGUCACGAGAAAAAAAUCAUGUAAAACCCGUCUGUCCUCUCUGCUUUACGUCCACCUGGCUGCGGCGUCGCGUCGGGAGCAUGUGCCGCCUGCAGAGCACCGAGCAUGUGUGCAGAGCGUGUGUCUGAGCGCUCAGGAAUGCUGAGUCGCCGCCAGAGUGCGGAGUGUUUGUGCAACAGGGGUCACACACAAGCCAUGUCUGAUAAUGUUCACACACUAACAGAGGCAUAAGAUCAGCGUUCUCUCACGUUAUACGAUCAUCUGUGUGUCUCUUAACCCUCAGGAGGUCGGCAUGUCUGUCAGCUGCUCACAAAAGUGAUUUGAGACCCUGGUCUUCAGUCAUUUGUCAGGUUGUUUCUGAUGAGGUGGGGGAGGAAUCCUUUUCAGUUAGUAUUCUAACUGGCAAACCGACAGUUCUCGGCCUUUCACUCAAAUGGCUUCAGUCCAGACUUUAAACUGUAGUGCCGGCUGAUGAAGUGCUGUGGAGACAGUCGUCCUUCCAACAACCUCUCGGGUCUCGCUGUCUGUAUGUAAAGGACCUUUGAAGCUCCAUCAUCACCGCAGCCACGGCCCGACUUGUUGAAGUGUUUAGAAUCGGUCUGACUCUCAGCGUCCCGGUCCUUCAGACUUCCUCCAUUUAAUUAUCAUUGAGGACACGGCGAAGAAUCCUGAGCUUCUCAUGUGGAUUUAUAGGUUCACCCCAAUUUUAUUACUGAGAUCUUUGCAGAGUUUCUUUGGCUUUAUGGCUCUGCUUUUGUCCGGACAUCUCCCUUUUUUUAAUUUGUCCAAACAAUUUGGUUAAAAGAUUAAAAUAAACAGGGGGAAACAGGAA